CUGUUGAAUUUGGUGUGUGUGAUCGUGGGGCUGGUGUUCUUCACUUUAGCCCUGUUGACCUUUGCCCUUUGUCAGUGGAGCCCUGGAGUGAAUAAUGUGGCUCGAAUCAACAUCUGCAUCAGUCUUCUGCUGGCUCACCUUCUGCUCCUGCUCACACAGCAGUUCCUGAGUCUCAUACGGCCUUAGCAGGUGCUGUGUGCAGUGAUCUCAGGCCUUCUGCACUUCCUCUUUCUCUCCGGCUUUGUGUGGAUGUUCAUUGAAGCUGUGCUGCUCUUCAUCUGUGUGAAGAACCUAUCAAAGAUCAGCUCUAAAAAGAGGGCGGUGCUUAGCACUGGAUUCCUUUGUGUGAUUGGAUAUGUGGUUGCUCUGGUUGUGGUGUGUGUGUCUGUCGGUCUGGUUCCUGAAGGCUACGGCAGCAAAGACUGCUGGAUUAAACUGGAUAAAGGCUUCAUCUGGAGUUUUCUUGGUCCUGUUUGUGUCAUACUAGCUUCAAACACGAUUCUCUUCUUCAACAUUGUCAUCAGUCUGAACUCAGCUUUCAAAAGUCUCAAUGCUGAAGUUUCACAGAUUAAGCAAACCAAGAUUAUGGUGUUUAAAACAUUGGCUCAGUUUGUGGUUCUUGGUUGCCCCUGGAUUCUGGGUUUCUUCACUAAUAACAGGAAAGUGCUGGAGAUCCUCUUCCUGAUCUUGAACUCCCAGCAGGGAACCUUCAUCUUCCUGAUCUACUGUGUCCUCAAUAAAAAGGUCAGGGAGCAGUACAGAAAGUUCUUCAGAUGUCUUUGCUCAAACAACACAGAGGACCACAGCGUCACGUUCAGAGUAACCACUGAAUAAGUAAUAAGUAAUAAAUUCUGCUCAAGUGCCAUUAAUAUACAGCUGAUUUUAAGUAACAAAAACUAUGUUUUUGUACGCUAAAUGUUAUAGUCUCAGAUCAUUUCUGCAAAUGAAAGAAAACAUGUUAUUCUACAGUGUCUUAUUUUAUAGCUUCUAUAUAUUUAUUAAUAUUAUUAUUAUUUUUAGUAGUAGUA